UCCUAUAGAGCUACAGGAAGUGACAGUGGCAGCUGGCUUGGCGUGUCGUUGUACUUGUGUGUUCAGCAGUUUCAUGAACAAGUGUGUUGGCACUUUCAGAAAACAAGCUCUGCUCACUCAGCCUGGGAAACAAAAUGAAUAGAAGACAAAAACUCUUCAGUUCCAUAAUUUUGUCCAUCCUUUAUGCAAGCAAAUCCUCUUCAGUUAACCACUUUUCUGUUUCAAUGAUUCAUCAUCACUACAGACAUCACUGUAGACACCAAAUAAAGCUGGACCUAACAAACGUUUAACCCUCCACAGAUCUUAUUUUUGGUCAACCAUGGGAAUUUCGUUCUCAAGCCAGAUUUCCAAGACCAAGAAAACUGGUGGUCAUAAAUUGCAAAAAGAGCAGGCGUUGCCUAGUCCAAUUUCCGAUUCUGAUCCAAAAGCAAAAAAAGAGCCUGUAAACUUUAACUUUGUUUUAAAGAAUGCUGCUGAGGUCCCCAGCUUCAUUUGGCAUAUGACUAAACUUGAAAAACUCAAUCUGUCACACAACAGGUUGCCUAAACUUCCUCCUGCAGUGGCCAAAAUGGAACACAUAGCAGUGCUCAAUUUAAGUGGUAACAGAAUUGUUCAUCUUCCCAAGGAAAUCGGACUCUUGAGGAACCUCAAAGUUCUUUUUGUCAACAUGAAUUAUCUGUGUGAGAUGCCAGAGGAACUGAGUUUAUGUAGAAAUUUGGAGGUACUCAGCCUAUCACAUAAUUUCAUAUCAGAACUUCCUGCAACAUACAGAGACCUAUUCAAGUUAAGAAAGCUAAAUCUGAGCAAUAACUGGAUAGUGAACAUUCCUUCGUGUGUCUUCCAGAUUAGGACUCUGGAUUUUCUGCACCUGGGAGCAAACAAAAUUGAAAACAUUGCAGAGAGUAUUAGAUGUCUAGAGAGCUUAAAGAUUCUGAUUAUUGACAAUAACAAGAUUAGUGCGUUGCCUCGAUCUAUUUGUUUAUUGACCUCUUUGGAACUCCUAAAUUUGGAUUAUAACAACAUACAAACACUUCCGAAUGAUCUGUUUUUAUUAGAAAGACUAAGUCGAAUUGCAUGGAACCCAGUCGAUAAGGGUCUUCAUAUACAAAACAAUCCUUUAGUUAAGCCCUUAUCAAAAGUUGUAGAUGGGGGAAUAGAUAUGCUAUUCAGUUAUCUUAAAGACUUAAAAAAAUUAACCUGAAUAUUAAUUUUAUAGGAUAUAAAGAACUGUAACUCCUCCUAACUGGCAUACAAAUAUAGAAAUGUACUAAUUACUUUUCAAGGUUUCCAUUUAGAAUUGUUGAGCAAAAGUACCAGAUAGACAGGCUUUGUUAUUGUAUAGUUAUUGUAUAGUUGUAUAGUUCUCAAAAAUGUUAUCAAAUAUAUUUACUGUAAAAUUCAGAUUACAGAAUCUGCUAUAUUUACACAUAAAUAAUGUUGAGAAUAAGCAUUAUACAUUUAAAAAGCCUUUGAAAUCCCACUUUGAUACCUUAUUGCAGGAAUGUACAGUAUAUUUCAAUUUAGGAUGAAAAUGUAUGCUGUUAAGUAGAAAGGGUGAUUUUUAAAUAGUAAAAAUGUAUUUGUCUAAUAGCUGCUGUUAUAGCUGUAGUGCAGGUUGUAAAAUGUAUGCUUUUUCUAAUAUAGUUUUAAUUUACUUAUUUUGUAGUGAAAUAAUAUCAUCAUAUACAAUAUGCCAUGCGAACAGGGUUCUCUUGCUGUAUGUACUGUAGUGCCACCUACUGGAAAAAUUUAAAAUUGCCUUAUUGAUUAUGAAAGAAACUAGUGCUGCAAAAAAAUAUAGGCUGCUGCUAUUGCUGUUCUCCCUAUAUAAAAAGCUUUUUGUCUUGUUAUCCAGCAGAUCUAAUUAAAGCGGAUCUCCCACGCAAAAACUUUUUUUUUUUAAGGGCUA